GACAGUGGCUACAUAGUAGAAGCACACAAUAUGUGUUUGCUCGUUUGCGAGGAACCAGGCUUCUUCAAGCAAAACCAUGUUCUCGUACUAGCGGACCGAAAACAAUUUGUUUUUCCUUAAAUAACAAAACAUUUGACCACAUCAUGUCCAAGGCGGUAGAGAGAAAUAGGGUGAACGAAGACCAUGGCAAAAAGCAGAGUUCAAGUUUGUCGAACGGCAUGGAUAGCCAUCCCGUUUGCGGUUCAGGGGAGAAGCGAAGUCACCAUUGGAGAAGUUACAAGUUGAUUAUUGACCCGGCACUGAAGAAGGGAUCACACAAAUUGUAUCGCUACGAUGGACACACUUUUAACAUGCCCAACCCCGGAAUUCCGCCAGUCGAUACCGUCCGGGACCCGAGAAUCGGUCGUCUCUGGACGAAAUACAAGGAAACCGAUCUACCGGUCCCGAAAUUUAAGAUCGAUGAGUGUUACAUCGGCCGUAUUCCCCCAAAGGAGGUGACAUUUGCAAGGCUGAAUGAUAACAUUAGGGAAGGCUUUUUGACAGACAUGUGCAAAAAAUUUGGGCAUAUCGAAGAAGUGGAAAUUUUGUACAACCCAAAGAACAAAAAACAUCUGGGGAUUGCUAAAGUUGUUUUUGAGACCGUGAAGGCCGCCAAAGUUGCCGUCCAGACUCUUCACAACACGUCUGUCAUGGGCAACAUAAUCCACGUGGAGCUCGACCCUAAAGGUGAGAAUCGCCUAAGGUACUUCCAGCUCCUUAUGAAUGGCAGCUAUACACCCUGGACACUCCCUCUUGGUGGGGGAGAGGCCAGAGAAGUUUCCCCUCGUAGCCUGGCGGAUGUUCUAUUGGCAUGUGAGCCAAUCCGAAGGCUGUCUGAGAGCAGUGGGUCUGCUGCGGGAGGAACAGUGCCCCCCAGUAGCACCACCACUCCCCUGUCUAUGGACACAGCAUACUCCAGCCUAAGGCAAGACACGCCCCAAUCCCAGGGCACCCCUCAGACCCCACGCCAGACAGGUACACCGUUUUCUCAAGAUUCCAAUUACUCCAGCAGGCAUUCCACGCCUGCAUACCAGCCCAGUCGGGCUGAAGGAUCUGGAGGCUUUAAGUCACGAAGACAUGAAGGCAAGUUCCAGGAUGCCUACAACCGUAGGCCAGAGAGGCCACAGUACCGGAGUACCACCUAUAGAAGUGCAACUUCUGACCAAGUUUCCUUCAAACAGCUUCAGUUGACCCCACCUGAACCUCCACCCUCUGCGUUGUGUUUUUCCUAUACAGCACCUCCUCUUGCUCCAGCCAACUUUAAGUCAAACUUCUCUUACCAGGCCCCUGUUCCCCUAGCAUUUCCUCCAUCAGAGCCCCCCUUUCCUCAUCCCAUCCAGCAGGAAGGAGAGUAUCUAAGACCCCCACAACCACCUCUACCAGCUGCGACUGAUUUCUUGUCAGCCAAAGAGAGACCAAAGACCCCACCAAUCCCUGAACUCCCACCAGAACCUGGGCCCCACCCAACCACUCCACCUCCUCAAACAGCUGAGCCCUGCCCUUCACCUGGCACCCCUACACUUGAUUCAGAGCGAAAUAGCCUGGAUUCCCGAAUUGAGAUGCUCCUCAAGGAGAAAAGGACAAAGCUUCUGCCCUUCUUGGCUGAACGUGACUCGGACACUGAGGUGCGAAUGGAAGGAAGUCCUAUUUCAUCCUCAUCUUCUCAGCUAUCUCCAAUCCCUCCUUAUACAUAUGGAUCUCAUUGUAGGCAGCCAAACUCUCCCCCAUCUAGUACAGGUCUAGAGGAUAUAAGUCCAACCCCACUGCCAGACUCAGAUGAUGAAGAGUCAAUCACUGGAACUGCCUCCCUGCUCAAGAGAAUCAGCUCUCCUGUCCAUGAGAAGAUGGAUACCAGUGACCUCAAAGAUGGUCAUUUUGGAAACCACACUCCCACCGACAAAACUGAUAUGGACCAUCAGUCAUCAGGAGAAGACAUGGAAAUCUCUGAUGAUGAAAUGCCUGGAUCACCAAUCACAAGUGGAGACUGUGCUAAGGGCAUUGUUGUAAACUCUGCAGUGUCUUCCAUGCCCCAAACCAUGCCCAUCCCUCCUCCAGGAUUCCCCCCCCUGCCCCCUCAGCCUGGCUUCCCUAUUCCACCUCCCCACCUGCCCCCUCACUCCGCUGUCCCAGGACCCCAUCCUCACCUGGCUGCCCCACCUGGAGUUCAUCCCCAUAUGCUGCCACCUAUGGGUCAUUACCAUACUGGCAUGAUGCCGAUGAUGCAAAUUGACCUUAUAAACUGCUUUCCACAGUGGGGUAGUGUCCACAUGUCUUUCCAGAUGCAGACCCAGAUGCUGAGCCGUAUGGCUCAAACUAGAGGGCCCUAUCCUUAUCCUUAUUUCAUGGGUGGUGGUUCAUCUUUGCCAUUUUGGGGCUCCUACCAACCCCUUUCCAUGGGUGCUACACCAGCUAGCAGUGCAGGAGGACCCAGUCAUCCUUGGCCUCAUCCCAGCAUGCCAACUUUUAACCCUGCUGUUCCUCCCCCUGGAUACGAGGAUAAAAAGGAGGACCCCAACAAGGCCACAGUGGAUGGUGUGCUGUCAGUCGUUGUCAAAGAGCUGAAAUCCAUAAUGAAGAAGGACCUCAACCGCAAAAUGGUGGAAGGUGUGGCUUUUAGAGCCUUUGAUGACUGGUGGGAGAAGAAACAAUGCUCAGCCAAGGCAUCCUUGAAUCCAGUGAAGGCUGGAGAAGGGAAGGAAGAAGAAAGACCCAAACCCAAAGAAAUGAUCGGAUCUAGUUUACUAGAGAACUGGAACAAGGGUGAAGGACUGGGUUAUGAGGGCAUUGGCUUGGGAAUUGGCCUGCGAGGAGCCAUCCACUUGCCUUCCUUCAAGGUGAAAAGGAAGGGCCCUCCUGAAGCCACAGCUGCAGGGGACAACAAGCGAGCCCGAACUUCUACACAUGUGGAUGACGAGCUGGAAGAUGAAGAACGGGACCGAGACCCAACUGAACUCCCCUUGGAUGAAAGCAAACUGGACGUUGAUGGCACAGCAGCAAAACGACGGCAUUCACGGCCUCUUGAACUGGUUAGUGAGGGAGAGGAGGAGAUGGAGACCUCUGGGAAGGAGGAAUCACUAUCUGAUAGGGAGGAAGAACCAGAUGAAACAGAGACCGCUCAAAGGAUUUUAUCAGACAAGGAAAGUGGAGAUGAAGAAGAAGAAGAAGAUGAGGCAGAAUCAUCCAGUGAGAGUGACUUGUCCGAUACAUCUGAUGAGGCAGAAGUGGAGAGCUCAGCAUCCUCCAAGGCUAGCUCAGACUCUUCAGCAGAGAGUGAAGACUCAUCUGAUUAUGAGUCGAGCUCAGAAGAGGAAGAAGAGUUAGAAGAGACGGAGAUUGCAAUAGAUGCAGAAUAUGAAUGUAAAACAGACGAGGUCCAGACUUCUUCAUCCUCUUCGUCCUCUUCAUCCUCUUCAUCCUCUGAUGAUGAGGAAACAGAGACUGAGGCCAGGGAACCAAGCAUCCCUCCAGGACAAGCCCCAGAGGAUGAUGAGGACCAGAUAUCUAGGGAGGAGCUAACUAGCAAGUCCAGAUGUAGAGCCCAUAGCCCUCUAGAAGAAGGAAUAGAUCCUGGGCAUAUCAGUCUGGAGGACAUGAAGGCACCGUCACCUAAAGAAAUCCCAGUGGUACAUCCGGACGUCGAUGUAGAUGGCACCAUUUCCAUUAGGAAGUCUGGGCUUCCAGAGCACGUUGGGAAUCUCCGACCACACACCCCAAAAGGAUCAAUGGUCGAGUGUGAACAGGACAUACAAGUCAAGAAUAAAGUUGAGCAUGAGGACGUGUCCUUCACCCCUAGUCAAAGAUCAUCAUCCCAUCUAGACUCAGCUGCACCUGUGGUACAUCCAGAUGUUGAUGCAGAUGGCAGUAUUUCCAUUGUGAAGUCUGGGCUUCAAGAGCAUGUUGGGAAUCUCCGACCACCCACCCCCACAGGUUCAGUGGUCGAGUGUGAACAGGAAGUGUCCUUCACCCCUAGUCAAAGAUCAUCAUCCCAUCAAGACUCAGAUGCACCUGGUCUAAAAUCUCUCUCGGCCACUCCCAUGCAUCUUCCUCUUCUAACUGUCCCAUCUAUGGAAGGCCACUCCCCCCUUCUGUCACCCCCUGGCCCCCUAACUGACAUUUCCCAACGGGUCAGGCUACGCACAGAUGAGGACAGCCCUGACAGGGACCCAAUGUGCCAGGCUCUAGGCAAGUCCCAGAGUACAGAUAUAGUCCCCAUAACACCUGGCAGGGAUGCUCCAUUAACAGGCAGCAGCGUAUUGCUCAGCCCCUUUUCCUACUCUGCCCAGUCACCUGUCUUAAGUGCUGGUGUGCCCCGCACCCCAGGCAGAGACCUUUCCUUCACGCCUGUCUUCCCUGACCCCACAGCCCUAACAAUUCAUAGGAAACCUUCCUCUGAAAGCCUGGAUGAUAGGCCAGCCUUUAAGGAGCCCCCUAUCAGUACCCUGCCAAACCAGGACCUGUCCACCGGCAUACAGAACUCCACCCUUCUGCCUGAAUAUGUGUCUGCUGACCUAGAUGUCCCAGUGCCAUCUGACACUGCCCCAACUAAAAGGAAGCCCGGUCGGCCCAAGAGUAAGAAGACCCCUGUAGUUCCUGUUGAGUCUCUUGAGCUUUCAUCUACUCCUACCCCUCUGCCUCAUGUUGUAGCUGUGGACAUUAUGUCUACCAAGUCUCCUGAUAUCUGCAGCCACCACAGUCUGGACUUCAGGGAAGGUGAUGUAGAAAGUCAGACGGUCCUGCCUCCAGCAGACACCUUUUUGCAUUAUGAAGAAGCAGCACCUCUUACUGUGAAACCUGCAAGGAGGGUACGGCGAGGAUGGGAGGAGCUGCUGCUGGGUAGCCUAUCUCCUGUCACUUCCCCUCCUUGGCCCAUGUUCACCCCACGCAGUGAGUUUGAGGAGAUGACGAUCCUGUAUGACAUUUGGAACGAAGGCAUUGAUGAAGAAGACAUCCGCGUUUUGCAAAUCACGUAUGACAAGAUGCUCCUGCAGGAUAAUGGGAAUGAAUGGCUCAAUGACACACUGUGGGUCAACCAUCCUCCUACCAACAUCAGAGGAGUGAAACGCAAGAGGAGAGAUGAUGGCAUGAGAGAUCACAUGACUGGCUGUGCGCGUAGUGAGGGUUACUACAAAAUUGAUAAGAAGGAUAAAAUCAAAUACCUUCAAAGCUCAAGGUUGCUGUCAGAGGAGCCACCAGUAGACACCCAGGGUAUGAGUAUCCCUGCACAGGUACAUGCUUCCACCAGAGCUGGCUCAGAGCGGCGAUCAGAACAGCGCCGUCUGUUGUCAUCUUUUGCGUGCGACAGUGACUUGCUUAAAUUCAAUCAGUUGAAGUUCCGAAAGAAGAAAAUCAGGUUCUCCAAGUCAGACAUCCAUGACUGGGGUCUUUUUGCUAUGGAACCUAUUGCUGCAGAUGAGAUGGUGAUUGAAUAUGUGGGACAGAACAUCAGACAGGUGAUUGCGGACAUGCGGGAGAAACGUUACGAAGAGGAGGGGAUUGGGAGCAGUUACAUGUUCCGUGUAGAUCAUGACACCAUCAUAGAUGCCACAAAAUGCGGCAACUUUGCCCGUUUCAUCAACCACAGCUGUAAUCCCAACUGCUAUGCUAAAGUAAUCACUGUGGAAUCCCAGAAGAAGAUUGUGAUUUACUCCCGACAAUCUAUCAGCGUCAAUGAAGAAAUCACGUAUGAUUAUAAGUUCCCCAUUGAGGAUGAGAAGAUCCCCUGUUUGUGUGGGGCAGAAAACUGUAGGGGCACAUUGAACUGAAACUGGUAACAGUAUUUUCCUGACUGAAACAGCACUGUCCCAUACUUAUAUCCUAGACACGCACAGAGACUCCAUGCCAAAAAAACCAAGAGGAAAAGGAACUAAAUGAAACUCAUUCAGUUACAGUUCUACUACCGAUAUAGGACUCCUCACAUUAAAAAUGUUUGCUCAAGAUUGUUUACGACAUCUGGUGCUCUUAAAAUGAAAAAGCAUACUUUUUUAAGACUGCCAGUGAUUCAGAAUUAAAAAAAAAUAUAUAUAUAUAGACUUACUGGUGCAGCACUCUUCUAAGUAGUAUUUCAGCAUAGUCCCUGCACAAUGUUGUCCUGGUUUGUACAGUUUUGUCUAUACAGUUAUUUUCCUCAUAAGCUUUACAUAGACCACUCAUGGUACAUAUCCCCCGACAUAGAAACUCACACAUCGAGCAACUUUUUGAUACUUUUAAAAUGCACAAGCCUACCAGAAUACACUUCUCUCUGGAAGAAGACAUGGUCAGUCUGCUAGCAGAUGGCAAGCUACACUAUUCUGAUCCAAGGGCAGAGACGGGGGAUGGGGUAAAAACCACUGAGAACUCAAGACACCAUCAUAGACACCAUCAGCCUGCCAUUGACUGAAACCCCUUUCUUACUCUACCUCUGCAGCACCAGUUUUCCUAAAAUUACACAAAAAUCGAUCAGGCUUAAGCAACUAAAUGGUUAAUCAGCCGCUAAUUUGGAACACUUGGGUAUCAAACCUGCUGUCACCAGCCAACAAUGUGGAUGAUGCUGCUUCCUGUUAUUUUGUUCACAGUCAUGAAUAGAUUCUCAUUUGCAAAGAUGUUCAAAAUGGUAUUAAUGAUGUUCCAGUGUUUCCUUUAUAGAUAUUUGUUCCAUAGUUUGUUAAAAGACACUAUACUUGUGUAUGUUAUUAUGAUUGAGAGUGUUGAUGAAUUUACAGGCUAAUUAGACUGAAUAACUAUCAGUAUAUGUUUGUGUGUAAAAAUGUGAGUUCACUGCACUCUAUCGGCCAUUGUAUAGAAGGCUAACUAGUCAUCCUGAUAAGAGAAAUGUGCGAAACUAAUGAUGGCAAAGAGUUAGUUGAUUCUUUUUUGUAACCACUGCACAAUGUAAAAAAAAAAUGUAAAAAAAAAAAUUAAAUCCUUCAAAUUCCUUGAUGGCCAAUAACAUGGCAAAAAUUGAAAAAAAUAAAUGCAUUGUUUUGAGUGCCAUUCACGUAUAGGCUUGUCCAGUUAACCUGAAUAGCAAAACAACAGAUUAAGGUUGUUUCCUAGAGCUGUUAGUUGCAGAUGUGUUAACCUGCAUGCAAAUGCAAAGAAGUGCUGCCUAUUUUGACUGUAAUAUUACUGUAUGUUUUUCUUCAUUGAUUAUGUGUUUUCAGGAUGGCUGUUAGAGGAAGUAAAACUUAUUAGCCUGUUUUGUUUUUUUUGUUUUUUUUUAUUUUGUUUUUUUGUUUGUUUUUUGAGCUGAUAACAUGUUGGUAUGACCUAGGCUGGUAGAGCAGAUUGCCCUGGUUAUAAUGUUAAGAAGGAAAAAAAAUUACACACCCCCUUUCACAGCCCCCAUUAAAUUGCCCAAGUAAUACCGGGACGAUAUAGAGGCCGAGACACAUGUUACGUAGGUGACAGGUGGGUUUGUGCAGUAGAUCAGUGAGAGAUGAGCAGAAAGGCAAUAUGUCAGUGUUAACAAACUAAGCCCUGGGUAGACUUGUGACGAACCUCGGUGUGUUCUGCUGCACCAAUUCCACCUUCAGACCCCCACCACACCACCGUCGCUGUCCUCUUCACCUGCACCCCUUUUUCCAACCAUCUUCAGAAAAGAUGAGUGAAUGCAAACAGACUAAAAUUAAUGCCUGACUACUCUUUUAUGUCUUUGUAUAUUAUCAUGCAUAAAGUGCUUCCUCCUCCACUGUAAAAAGUAGGAUCUUUAUACUACCAGUGUUUAAUCUACCUAUGAGACAGAAAUGUUUCUAAAAACCCAUCAGACCUCCUAGUCUUAGCCACCACACUUAAGCUCAAGCUUUCAUCUUUAAAUUGUGCGUAGGUUGUUUUUUUUAAGCUGGUUAAGAAAUGUACAUUUUUCUUUUGUGAAUGCACUAGAGGCUUGCACUUAUGCUUUAUACCCUAUCUAGAGAGUCUUCUUAUGACCAAGACAGUUUUGCAUUUCAUUCAUUUUGAUUAUCGAGGGUUUUUUUUCACCAGUGUUGUUAAUAUUGUAUAUUAUUGAUCACUUGUAUAGAUAUGAUGCUUUUUUUUGUCUUCCCAAGGGUAAUACUUUUUUUUUGUUUAUAACUGCAUCUUUACUUUUUUUUUUUUUUUUACCAAAAGACUGAAUAUUUAAAAAAAAAUCAGGGAUCUGUAAAAGGAAUCUGCAAAGUUAAACAAGGGUCGAAGGGUUGUUAUUUAACGCAAAGGUCCACAUUGUACAUAAAUUGUCUCCACCUCCCUUUGAAAGAUUGUUUCUUGUAGAAACGUCUUCAUUUCCUGUCCAUUUCCUUUGUAAUCUUACAGUAUGUAAAUACUUAAAAUGUGAAUACUAUAUAUUUUUUUGUUUCUGGGAUUUGCUACAUGAAUGCAGCUCACAUUUGUGUAACAAAGUGAGCGUUGAGCUGGUAGCAGUGAUUUCAGCUUGUGUCAAGCUUUGUUUUUUAUUUUCUCUUGUAAAUUCUAUGAAAAACUGUUUGCAGUGUGGAGAAAAAUAGCAUAUUGGUGCAGAAUUGGCAUGGGAAGAGGGACAAAUUUUUAGCCUGCUUCCUAUGUCUAUUUAUUACACAACAAAUGUAUUAAAAGGAAAACGUGGAAAAAUAAAGGCAGU